AAUUAGGAAUCAGACUGAAAAUAGUUUGUGAUGACCGAUUCAUACAAAUUUUUAGGAUUUAUUGUUACAUUCAAUGUUUGAAUCCUCAUUUUCUCUUGAUCUCUGUGGAUAUCUCUCGAAUCUUGCAUGCCUUCCAUAUAGAUCUUGCUUCUGAACUUUACAUCCUUUAGUUUACAAUGAUGUGCUCCUCCAAUUCCACAAAAUAUUUUUGCCGAUAUUCUCUUUAUGAAAGGCCUUAGUCGAUUUUCGUUUCUUGGUAAAUGAUUGUAAUAACAAUUAAUUCAACGCCCCUCUCUCUAUUCACGAACACAAAGGUCUUUCUCUACCUCCACGACCAUAAAGGUAUGUCAUGGAUCAUUACAAAAAUAAGUCUCCAAUGUUGAGCCAUGUUUCUGAUUGUUUCUCAACUUUAACAUUUUUGAUGUUUCUAAUUGGGUUUUAAUUCAGGAGGUUUUUUUAGUUGUUUGUAUGCAGGUAUUCUAUGUUUCCAUUGGUUUUUCAACUUUUGUUUCACUAUCUAUCAUGAUCAUGCUUUGAUUAUAAACAUUAGCAUAACUGAAGCUCGUAUCAAUUGCAAUUGGUAUAUUUUUUAAGUUUCGUUUCGACUUUGGGUUCUUGCACUUUUUGAUUUUCUGUAUUGGUUUUGGAUUUCAUUUGGUUUUUUGUCAUUUUAGGCUCUUUCUGGUUUGCAAAGAAUGAGUGUUUUUGUCAAGAGAGAUGAUGAGCUCGAUCAAAAAUCAAGUUUAUGAUUUUUCCAUGAUAAAAUAUUAAUUGAAAAGUGCUUCUGUGUCUACAGAAUGUGUUGGUAACCCAUAACUCAAACCUUCAUGUUUUCUUAUAUUUUACUGUAAUCCCUUUUAAAUCUUCAUCUUUUCAAAUUUUGGUUGGGAUGAAUGAACAAAAAUUAUAUGGAUUUUACAGGAGUACAAUAAGUUUUAAAUAGGUUGUUUUUGUUUUUCAUAAGCGAUUUUUGCAUUUUAGUAUAAUCUAAGUUCCAUAUAUGGUGGUUUGGUAUUAUAGUUGUUUAUAUAUGCAUGUGAUGUUUGGAUUGUAUUCAAAAGGAAGCUGCAAAAGGUGUUAAAGUUAAGGUUGAAAGCAGAAGUGGAAGGUAAAAAUUAAGAAUAAAAUGUAAUCUUCAUGUUUAAUCCUACUUUAUUUUUUUAGUAGUUUCUAUUAAUUUAUAUGCUUCAAUUAAACUACAUGAAUCACUUAAGGAGAUCAAUUUGCAAGUUGUUGAAAAGUAGUUGGUCUUCAUUGGUUUAUAGAGGUAUUCUUUUAUAUAUAUAAAAUGGUGAAAUUAUGUUUUGUUUUCUGUAUUUUUUUCCUUGGUAUGACAAAAUCAUUUUGUUAAUAUGUUCUUGAAUGCGCAUUUUAGUUUUAAAUCUUCCUUGUGUUGUUGGAUCAUGUUAUCUCCUCCACCAUGAGAAUGAGUAUACAAGUGUACUUUCAUUCCAACAUCAAUUUGCGUAUCUAAUUCGGCUAAUACAUGAACUGACAAUUUACUUCUGUUUAUAUGUUUUAACCUUAUCUGUAACUUCUGGAAAACUGGAUUUCAUUAUAAAAAAAAUUACCUGAUCAGCCUUGACUGUCUGUGAGAAUGAUGAAAUUAUGAAAACUGACUAAUAUUUUGGCUUUGAAAACUUUGUCUGGAACAAGAGUUCUCAAGUUCUCACAAAUAUUGUAUCAUAAAAGAGUUUUCAUGUUAGAAAUGCUUUAUUCUCUAUGAUUACACUAAGGUAAUGUCAAUGUAGAACUCAACAUGCACAUGCUAUAAAAGGACAUGACUAUAAAUCGUUUACCUCUGAUUAUAAGUAUUUUUUUUUUACUUUACACAGAGCAAUUUUCAAAGAUCAUACUUCCCAAGUAAAGUUAUAACUUUUCAUUUAAUUAACACUUUACUAUAGUUUUUUUAAAUACAUCUUUAAAGUAUUUUCAUAGGUUAUUUGCUCGAUUUCUCCCAUGUUCUUUUGUAACUGCUCAACCUUGUAUGUUUCUCUCAAAUGUAAAUAUGUUGUUGAAAAUGUAAAUAUUUUGUUGUCAAAAUGUUGUAGAAAAGAGUAAUAUGAUGCUAUGAAAAUGCAUUUUUUUCCAUUUGGAAGGUGUUGUUUAUAGGUUGUUUUAUGACAAAAUUGCAAGUUUGGUCCCUGUGGUAUGUCAAAAAUUGGAUGUUUGGUCCAAAAAGUUUUGGGGUUGUACUGGUGGUCCAAAAGCUUUGAUUUGUUGUGGAAUUGGUCCAAAGGCUUAACAGCCGUCUACCCCCUCCGUCUGUGUGAGGGUAUUUUUGUCAAUUCACGCUCAUUCCUUUGAUAUCUUAUUAAAUUAAACCUCAUCAUCCUAAUUAAUUGAUACCUGCCGCCAAAUCCUCUGUGCAUUUCGUCGAUCGACUCUCCUGUCACUUUCAUCUUCAUUCGUUACCCAGAAGCCCUAACCUCCAAGUUGAGUUUUUUUAUUGUGAUCGGUGUUAUUUCAGUGUAUGAACAUACCAAUGUGGAAUAUAAGGCUCUUAGACAAACCGUUCAACGCAAAGGUGGCUUAUGAUGGCAACCCAACAUUAUUUACCAUCAAGCUAUACCAUAGAGGUGAGUUCACCAAGUUUCCUGAUGUUCAAUACAUUGACGGAAGUGUGAACUAUGUUGACAUGGUGGAUAUAGACACGUUUUCAGUUCAUGAGUUGGAUGCUAUCAUGAAAGGGUUCAGGUACGGUGUUCCUCCUGUGAUUUACUAUCACUUCCUUGUGCCUGGUGGAGACUUCCACUUUGGUCUUAAACCCUUAGGCAAUGAUGAUGAUUUACGAACUUUUGCCCAAUAUGUGUGUGAUCACAAAAUCAUGAGGGUAUAUACUGAACAUGGUGAGACAAAGUUACUUACCUACUUUAUGAAUCCUAAACCUGUUAAGAAGGUAACUAUUGUACAAAUGGAUGAAAUAGAUGAAAAUGAUGACAAUGAAAACCACACAGCUGAGGUACAAGAAUUUCCAAGCCCACCUAGAUCAUCCCCUGUUGAGGUUGAGGUACAGCCAUUACAUGUCGAGGUUCAUGAUAGACAAAAAGAGCUUAUUGCCAAUGACUUUAUGGAGGCAGCUACAGAAUUUGAUAUUGGUUUGUAUCAAAAGAUGUUACAAUCAAAUGCAGAUGUUAUGACAUGAUAAAUAAUAAUUACAGUUACAUUGCAUAUUAUUUUAAAUAAUAUGCUUUUAUAAA